CGGGCCCCGGGCGAUCCCUGGUGUGGACCCGAAGUCUCCCACCCGGCUCCGCAGACUGGAUUGGAACACAGGACUCUGCAUUCGCGGGUCAGGACGGUGCCCUUCCCUGCUUUUCUAAUCCAUGGAGUCGGGAAGAUCGCUGUUAAUUCUGACUGCUCAUCUUUUCAUCGAUGGUCUAUUUGUGAUAUUCUAAAAUAGCAGCCCUGGAAAGGAAGAGAAAUGGAAUUGAAAAAGUUGAGCAUUUCCUGGCAGUUCUUGAUAGUUCUGGCUCUGAUCCUGCAAAAUCUGUCUGCGUUGGAUUUUGACCCAUACAGAGUCCUAGGGGUCAGCCGAACAGCCAGUCAGGCCGAUAUUAAAAAGGCUUAUAAGAAGCUCGCCCGGGAAUGGCAUCCUGACAAAAACAAAGAUCCUGGAGCAGAAGACAAGUUCAUUCAAAUUAGCAAAGCUUAUGAGAUUCUUUCCAAUGAAGAGAAGAGAUCAAAUUAUGAUCACUACGGAGAUGCUGGAGAGAACCAGGGCUACCAGAAACAGCAGCGAGAGUAUCGUUUUCGCCAUUUCCAUGAAAAUUUUUAUUUUGAUGAGUCAUUUUUUCACUUCCCUUUUAAUUCCGAUCGGCGGGACUCAACUGAUGAAAAGUAUUUGUUGCACUUUUCACAUUACGUGAAUGAAGUGGUUCCAGACAGCUUCAAGAAGCCCUACCUCAUUAAGAUCACCUCAGAUUGGUGCUUUAGCUGCAUCCAUAUUGAGCCUGUUUGGAAGGAAGUGGUUCAAGAGCUGGAAGGCUUGGGUGUGGGAAUUGGUGUUGUGCAUGCUGGAUAUGAGAGACGCCUGGCCCAUCACCUAGGGGCACACAGCACCCCCUCCAUCCUGGGGAUCAUCAAUGGAAAAAUCUCUUUCUUCCAUAAUGCCGUGGUUCGUGAGAACCUCCGACAGUUUGUGGAGAGUCUUCUUCCAGGAAACCUCGUGGAAAAAGUUACGAAUAAAAAUUAUGUCCGGUUCCUUUCUGGCUGGAAGCAAGAGAAUAAACCACAUGUUCUCUUCUUUGAUCAAAUGCCUGUUGUCCCUCUAUUAUAUAAGUUGACUGCUUUUGCAUACAGGGAUUAUCUGUCAUUUGGCUAUGUGUAUGUCGGCUUGAGAGGAGUGGAAGAGAUGACAAGGCAGUAUAAUGUCAAUGUCUAUGCCCCCACUAUCUUAGUCUUUAAAGAACACAUCAACCAGCCUGCAGAUACCAUCCAGGCCCGAAGUAUGAAGAAGCAGGUCAUCGAUGACUUCAUCACCCAAAACAAGUAUCUGCUGGCAGCCAGGCUUACCAGCCAGAAGUUGUUCCAUGAACUCUGCCCAGUAAAACGUUCUCACCGACAGAGGAAGUACUGUGUGGUUUUAGUCAUGCCCGAGGCUGCCAAGUCAAGUAAACCCUUUGAGGCCUUCCUGUCUUUUGCUCUGGCGAACACACAAGACACAGUGAGAUUUGUGCACGUCUACAGCAAUCGGCAGCAGGAGUUUUCCAACUCCUUCCUACCAGACAGCGCUGCAUUUCAAGGGAAAUCUUUGGUGUCUAUCUUAGAAAGACGCAACACGGCAGGAAGGGUGGUCUACAAAACCCUGGAGAACCCAUGGACAGGGAGCGAGAGUGACAAAUUCAUCCUCUUGGGUCAUCUCAACCAGUUGCGUCAAGACUCAGCUCUUCUGUCCUCAGAGGCUGUGCUCCCAGACCUGACAGAUGAACUUGCCCCCAUUUUUCUCCUUCGGUGGCUCUACUCUGCUUCUGACUACAUCUCAGACUGGUGGGACAGCAUAUUUCACAACAACUGGCGGGAGCUGAUGCCACUUUUGUCUUUGGUCUUCUCUGCCCUCUUCAUCCUCUUUGGCACCGUCAUCAUUCACGCUUUCAGUGAUACAAAUGAAGAGAGAGAGUCAAAUCCUCCAGAUAAAGAAGAAACGCAUGAGAAGGCCGAGAAGACAGCAGAGCCCAGCUUCACCAAAGAAAGCAGCAGCAAGGUUCCUAAAAAAGGCUUCGUGGAGGUGACUGAGCUUACAGAUGUGACCUACACCAGCAACUUGGUCCGCCUGCGGCCAGGCCACAUGAAUGUCGUCCUCAUCCUGUCCAACUCCACCAAGACCAGCCUGCUCCAGAAAUUUGCUUUGGAGGUCUACACGUUCACUGGAAGCAGCUGCCUGCACUUCUCCUUCCUGAGUUUGGAUAAACACAAAGAAUGGCUAGAAUACUUACUGGAAUUUGCUCAGGACGCAGCUCCAAUCCCAAACCAGUAUGACAAGCAUUUCAUGGAACGAGACUACACCGGUUAUGUACUGGCCCUGAAUGGCCACAAGAAGUACUUCUGCCUCUUUAAACCUCAAAAAACAGUGGAAGAGGAAGAAGCCAUGGGGUCCUGCGGUGACCUGGACUCUACCCUCCACCUGGGUGAAUCUCGGGGGAAAUCUUCCUUUGGCCUUGGGUCCAAGCCCAUCAAAGGAAAACUAAGCAAGUUGUCCUUAUGGAUGGAACGCCUAUUGGAAGGCUCCUUACAGAGGUUUUAUAUCCCAUCGUGGCCUGAACUAGACUGAGAGAU